GGUGCAGAUUGUGGGAAGAGCUUUUUGGCUCUAAAAGCACAAGCUGCACCAAACGGGUCAACAGUGGUAGGGUAGCCUGUGGAAAACAGUGGUUGCCGGCUCCAUCUGUUCAAGUACCGUUUGCAAUUGCAAGUUGCAAUGUCCUGUCUACUCACAGUGGUAGGGUAGCCUGUGGUUUUCGUAAGGGUUUCUUUAAACUCCAUCAAUGGCAUCCGUAACAAUCUUCAGAAAACUUAAUCGGUUCCAGAAGCGAACUUUUUCUUUCAAAACCAUCGAAGCAAGGUGGACUGAGAUGACGAGCCCUUACACUCAGAAGCCUUCUGUUCGUAAUUUCUCGGAAGGAGUUGCGGCGGCUGAGUCGUCUUCCAAUCUCAUUUUAUAUUCCUUCUGGCAGAGCUCGUGCUCUUGGCGUGUUCGCUUCGCUUUGAACCUCAAAGGGCUUCCCUACGAGUACAGGGCAGUGAAUCUUUCCAAAGGAGAGCAACAUACUCCAGAGUUUGAAAAGAUAAACCCUCUUCGAUAUGUUCCUGUUUUAGUUGAUGGUGAUGUGAUUAUCUCAGAUUCAUAUGCUAUAUCGCUGUUUUUGGAAGAAAAGUAUCCUCAAAGACCCCUCUUACCCACUGAUCCUCGUCGAAGAACUGUUAAUCUCCAGGUUGCCAGCAUUAUCAGCUCUAGCAUCCAGCCUCUUCAUAUGUUGUCAGUGCUGAAACAUAUCGAGGAUAGGUUUGGUGCUGAGGAGCGGCUGUUGUGGGCUCACACUUAUAUGGAAAAAGGUUUCCUGGCUCUUGAGAAAGUGCUGGAAGACUUUGAUGGCAGAUAUGCCACAGGAGAAGAAGUCUACAUGGCAGAUGUAUUUUUGGCCCCGCAGGUUGCCAUGGCUACAGAGCGGUUUAAGAUUGAUAUGUCCAAGUUCCCCAGAUUAGGUAGGAUAUAUGAAUCACUGAAGACAUUGCCAGAAUUCCAAGCUGCAUCACCACAAAGACAACCUGAUGCUGUGCAUUAACUCCAGCUUUCUUCGUCCAAAGUCCAAAGUCCAAAGUCAGUUGAAAUUAAGUUCUUCUUUUGUUAAGUAAGUAAAGAUAUGUUCAUUGCCAUGGAAACACUUUGUACAUGAGAAGCAUAUCAGGCUUUUUGGUUUAAGCUGUUCAAUAAAAAAAAAGUGAUCCCAUCAAGGGUAUGUUUGGUUCAGCUUUCAAGUGCUUAAGCUUUUUUGAUACUAUUCAUGUUUUAUAAAUUAAAAUUUUUCUUUUAAAAAUUUACAUUUUUUAACUUUAAAAAGAUCUUAAACAGUAAAUUUUGAAAAGUUUCAAACAUCUGCUUUUUGAAAAUUUCAUUUUUACUCACUUUUUACUUUUUCUAAAAACAACUUUUAAAUUUUCAUUCAAUAAAAAAUUAAACUUAUAAAACAUGAAUAGUAUCAAAAAAGUUAAAGCACUUACGAGCUUCAUCAAACAUGCUCCAAAGUCCAAAUCUCCAUGUCCUAGCUUUUCCUCCAUUUUAACUUAUUAAGUAGAUUUUGGUGGUUGGCAACUACAAACUCUGCUAAAAAGCAUUUAGGGGACAGGAAACAAGCAUGCAGCGGUGAAGAGGAAGCAGGCUGAAGAAUGGAUGAAAGAUAAUUAAUAAAGAUGAGAGCAAAUG